AAAGAUCUUUCAAAAAGAGAUUGUCACUGGGAGACCAUUAGAACUAACAGAAGAGACAUCAUCUACGGGCAUUUAUGGUGAAACCAAUUUCAUUUUGGUAGACAGAGGCGAUCUACUGAAAACAGCAAUUGAGGAAAUAAGGGCAAUAAGCGACAUGAGGAAAUGCCUUGAAGUUCAGUUCUAUGGAGAGUGUGCUGCUGAUUUUGGAGGUCCAAGAAAGGAAUUCUUCUCUCUUGUCCUGCAUUGCAUUAAGGAAGAAUACUUCGAGCCAGUGAGAGAGUGGUCAGAUGACUAUGAAGCUGUUGGCAGAAUAUUGGCUCUGAGCACUAUUCAAAACAGAAGAUUACCUAGAAUUAUGUCAGCAGAGCUAGUGGAGAAAGUAUUCAAUCAAGUGCUGCCUGUAGACAAGUACAUCCAGGACCUAAGAAAAGGUCUUGACAGUCUUGGUCUUGUUCAGCUUGUUCAAGAACUGCCAGCUGUUAUUCACCUGUUCACACCUCAACAGUCGAAUCCUUUAACGGUGAAGAUGUUGACACACCUAUUGAACCCACAGUUUAGUGCUGAAGGGUCAAACAGAAGACAGAGAGAGAAUUCCACAUACACGUUGUUCAUCAAAUACAUGCGUGAAGCUGCAAGUGGCAGACGAGGUGCUGUAAAUCUUGGGAGCAUAUUAAGGUUUGCCACUGGUACAGAGGAGGAACCUGCCUUGGGCUUUGCUCUUCAGCCUUCCAUUCAAUUUAUGGAAAGUGCUAAUUUCCUGCCCACUGCAAAUACCUGCAUAAACAGAAUGAAUUUAUCAUUGCCAGAUGAAAGUAAUCCACUACCACUGCAAGAGGAACUGUUCAAUUUGUUUGAUCUAGCAUUUUGUAACACAUUCUUUGGUUUAGAAUAAAAAAUGACAUUCACAUAUAAUUAUACCCCCAUUACCAUUGGUAAUAGAGGCUAUAUAGGAGUCACUCUGUCGGUCAGUCGGGCUGUCACAAAAUUUCAUCCAAUCUUCACCAAACUUGGUCACAAGUUGUAUCUAGAUGAUGUCUAGGUCAAGUUUGAAUAUGGGUCAUGCCAGGUCAAAAACUAGGUCACGGGUCACUUACUGCGU